CGAUGGAAAGAAAAACAACAAGUAUAAAUAGCCAUUAGGGAGGUGUAAAACCUAUUCCUUACCCUGUAAAGAAGUUGCUAAAACACCAUCACUAAGGUUAGCAACUAGAAAGGAGUGGUGAGAGGAAUAAAGUUUAUCCUCAACAUAAUCUUCACAAAGUCCAUGAUAUUUUCAGUUGAAAGAGAUAUAAGGGACGAACUGUGAUUCAUUGCUAAACCAGGUACUUAAUCUCUGGCACCGAAACAAUGGGAUUACCCAAGGUGUGGAAUUCGAACUCGCAAGGGAACGAUACUACAAGCACAUCAACAGUCGCAACCAGAACCUUCUACAGAAGAGAUGGUUAGUACAGACGACGAGAGAGAUCCUCCACCUCCGGAGAGGAAGUUAAGAGAAUUGACAUCUUCGUGCUUAGAUUCGCAACCACUGUGCAUUACAGUCACUAACCCAGUGAAUCUGAAGAAGAAUCUAUUUCAUCAUCUACCAAAGUUCAAGGGACAUCCAGGUGAAAAUCCAAAUCGACACCUUCAACAGUUUCAAAAAACGAUGACAAGUCUGAGGCAUGCAACCAUAGACAGAGAUACGACUAUGCUACAAGCCUUUCCAUUCUCAUUAACAGACUUAGCAUAAGAAUGGUUGUAUUAUCUUCCUCCAGGGAGUAUUACAACAUGGGCUGAGAUGAAGAAGCUAUUUCUGGAGAAGUAUUUUCCUGCUUCCAAAGCGGGAUCCAUUUAUAAGGAGAUUAAUGGCAUUCUACAGAUGUCUGGGGAGUCUUUAUAUGAAUACUGAGAUAGAUAUAAUAGGUUGGUGGCAAGAUGCCCACACCAUAAUAUAUCCUCAACAUUUAUUAUUCAAUACUUUUACGAAGGAUUACUUCCAGAACAGAGGAAUUUGAUUGAUGCAGCUGCUGGUAGUUCACUUACUGAGAAGACACGCAGGCAACCAGUUUGGUUGAGAGUAUGGCUGUCAAUGCUCAACAAUUCUACACCAGAAAUAACUCUAAUGUCAUAAGAGUUAGCGAGAUGGAAUAGUCUGCACAGUCAGAGCAACGGAUGAACAACAUAGAUAAGGUAGUACAACGAAUGGCAGCAGUGAUUGUUCCUACUUACGAAGAAGAGUCUGAACAGGUAAAUGUUGUGUUACCUAAUCAGAGGCCAAGGAAUGAUCCCCACUCCAAUACUUAUAAUCCAGGUUGGAAAGAUCAUCCAAAUUUCAGUUAUGCAAAUCAGCAAGCUGCAGCUCCGAACCCUUAUGGGCGACAAAGUGGUUUCCAACAACCACAAUUCCAACCACAACCACAACCUCAACCUCAACCUCAACAACAGAGUCAAAGCUCAAGUAUGGAGGAGAUGAUGCAAAAUCAAGAUGCAAAUGCUCAACGUCAAGAUGCAAUUCUGCAGAAACAGUAUAUGGAUAUAAAAGACUUGCAAAAACAGAUGGGACAGUUGACUACAGACAUGAAUCAACUAAAAGCACAUACUUCGACAAAGUUUCAAUCACAGACCUUUAUGAAUCAAAGAGAAAAUGUUAAUUCACUUUUGAGGAGUGGGAAGCAAACAGAAGAGCCAAAACAACAAGAAAAGGUUAGUCACUACUUGGAAGAGGAAGUAGAGGUGUACCGUUCCCAAGGGAAAGACAACCUCAACCGGCCAAACUGAGGACACGGUUCCUACUUUUAUCACACCACCUCCUUUUCCUAGUCGUUUUCCAAAGUCUGAGAAGCAAAAUUCAAGAUAAUGAGAUUCUGGAUAUUUUAUGCAAGCUACAAAUCAACAUCCCAUUUAUUGAAGCCAUCAUAUUGGUACCCAGGUAUGCUAAAGUUCUGAAGGAUUUGUGUACAAAGAAGGAUAGGUUGAUUCCUAAUGAAAUCACCCAGGUGGGAGAAAGUGCUUCUACUAUGUUACUUAAGAAGAUUCCUGCAAAGUGCAAAGAUCCUGGGGGUUUCACCGUGCCAAUUACUAUUGGUGCCAAGAGGUUUGAGCGUGCUUUACUUGAUUUGGAAGCUUCCGUAAGCGUUAUGUCAGCCGAUGUUUAUGAUUCUUUAAACCUGGGACCUUUAAAAGAGACAGGGAUUAUCAUUCAAUUAACUAAUAAAUCAAACAUAUAUCUUAAGGGACUCGUGGAAGAUGUUUUGGUGCAAGUGAAUGAACUAAUUUUUCUGGUUGAUUUCUUUGUGGUGGAUACGCAGAAUGGAGACAAUUGUUCGUCUACUUCAUUACUUAUUGGUAGACCGUUUAUGAAAACUAGAAAUAUGAAUAUUGAUGUCGAUAGUGGGACACUUACUAUGGAUUUGAUAAAUAAAUUAUACGCUUUAACAUUUUUCAAG